AGUGCUGAGGCCAAUGGGCCAGAGAGGACCCAGAAUCAUGUCGGUGGUUCUUCCCACUCUGCUCUAUCUUGGGUUGCAUCUAGCCCAGAGCACUCAGGCUCAGAAUGGAUAUUUCCUCCCACCUGUUAUCACAGCUCUGAAUGAAUCCAUGGUUCUACCUAAAAAUCCUAUGACCAUCCUGUGCCAAGGGCCUCCAGACACUGAAGCCUAUGAAAUAUAUAAAGUGGAAGAACCUGAGCCUAGGGACAGAAGGAAAUUGCUGCUGGCUGGGAAGACCAGCACUUUAUCUAUCCAAGAGAUGAAACCAGACAAGACAGGACUGUACCGCUGUUCCUAUCAGAGUGGAGGACACUGGUCCUCACUCAGUGACAUCCUGCGUGUGGUGAUGACCGGAACUUAUGACAAACCCUCGCUCUCCAGCAUGAGUGGCACGGUGCUGGCUUCAGGAGACAAUGUGAAGUUACAGUGUUUCUCCAGUUUCAAGUUUGAUGCAUUUAUUUUCAUCAAAGAUGAUACACCUCAGUUUACCCAGAGACAAAGCUCCACAGCUCAGGACAAUGGACAGCAGACCACCUUCCACAUGGACAAUGUCACCUCCACACAGGCAGGGACCUACAGAUGCUACGGUGCCUUCAGCAAAGACCCCUAUGACCCCAGCAACCCAUUGCAGCUUGUGGUCAGAGGUGAGGAAGCUGGUCCAUCCCCAUGUCCCAUUCAGGAGAUGACACUGUCCACUUAGAGCAGUGACUGGUUUGGAAGACAUAUCCACACCAUCAGCUGCCACAAAAGCUAUGAGGUCUUCACCACUCACCCACCAUGCAGGCCUCUGACACAUGCCCAGGGGCUGGGAGAGCAUGUAGGUCACUGUGAAUCUGAGGAGACAGAGCCUGAGCACAGAUAAGGAAACCACCCUCAUUUCAUCCGCAUUUGAGAAGCUGCAGACAAUCCUGAUCCCACAGAACCCAGCCGUCCUCAUGGUGAAUAACUGGUAGUCUUUUUUUUUUUUAACUGUAAGGAGACCAUUUAUUGGGUAAAUUACAGAGGUAGAAGAAGUAAGUCCUAGAAGAAAGGGGCUUAGGAAACAAGUUAUGGAGGUAAAACAAGGGCCUGUUUGGCAGUGAGGAGGCUAAUGGUAAUGUUCCUGGCAGGGGAAGCAGGGAAGGAAAAAGGGGAUGGAGAGGGAAGAGAAUGGCACAGGGGUGCUCUCUGGAUGGAGAGCGCCAACAGGUAGUCUUUGCAGAAGGAGCAGGAAAGGUGAAGGAUGAUUAGGUGCAAAGGGACCGAGGGAGAGAGAAUCUUCGACUAAAGACACAAGGAAUAUCAGGGAGGCCAUUCCCCAUCAGCUGAGUCAAUAGUUUGCAGAGGGGCAUCUUAAAGAAGGAUCAGGCAGGGCUCCCAUGGAGAAGACUUAAAGCUCCUCACCCAGUCCCCACACCUGCCUUUCAUGACCCCAGAAUUCCUUAAGGCUAUCACCACAGGGCUCAUAAUGAAGAGAAGAAAGAAGGCAGAUAUUGCUUAUGCAGAGAGAGGGUGGCUGGGCAGCGACCUCCCAGAUCCAGGAGACUGGAGACAUGAGCUCAGGUGGAGGGCACUUACCUGAGAGGGGCUUUGGCUCCUCCUCUGUGACCUCUGUCCUAUCUCUCUCAGGACCUGCCGGUUGGAGUGUGUCCCGUGAGAACCAAGUCCUGCUGAGCCUGGCUGGCCUGGUUCUCUUGGUCCUGGUGGUCCUGGUGGCAGAGGCCUGCUACAGCCACAAGAGGUCCUUCUAUGGACUCAGAUCAGCUCCUUAGCUGAGCAUCAUGACAAACACUGAGGAUACUCAUGGUAUCUAAGGACAGUGUUGACCUGAGGGGUGGGUGACCAGAGGAAACCAGGUGCUGGCUGUGUUGUCUACCAGAUGAUGGGGUGUGUCUUUCUCCUGCAGAAUCUGUCACAAUGUCCCAACAUCACAGUGAAUUAAUGCAGUACUAAUGGGUGUCUUGGAGGUCAGAAGAGCAAAUGCCUAAAAUGAGUCCACUGGCCAGCAUGGCUUUUGUUAUAACUUAUCUUUUAUUUUUGGAAAUAUUACAGAUGUUCCUAUCUUUUCCCCAUGGACCCCAUCCAACCAGCACCCAUGACCCCACCCAGGACAUCACUGCAUUAUAAUCUGUGUCUAUGGUUUUUGCAUAUGUGCAUAUAAGUUCUUUGGUUCAUCUCUUCCUGACCCACUUUGUCUGAGACUCAUGCUUCUAUGUCUCUCGAUCUAUUUUGUUCAUCAGUUUAUUUUGUUCAUUAGAUUCUACAUAUGAGUGAGAUCAGUGGUAACUGUCUUUCUCUGACUGGCUUAG